AUGAGCUACAACCCGCUCGGCUACGGCCGCGACCCACGCGACGAACACGACAACCCGCACAAUCCAUUCAUGGAGCACCGUCAGCCCUCGCCGGGUGGCUACCACAGUCCUUCGCCCAGCCCUGGUCCACACCAGGGGUACCAACUGCAAGAUCGUCCGUUUAAUCACCAUCAGCCGCUAGAAAUUCCAGUGGGACCCAAUGCAUACGCCGCACAAUCCAGCGAUCGACUCGCUGCGCAGCCCACGUAUGAGGUCACAAACAUGCCGGGCACCUAUGGCCAUGGCCAGGCUUACGACGAUACGCACUCACACGGCUACACGCCCAACCCAUACCAGCAGUCCGCACAUCAAGGCAGAACAGAGUACAACCUCAGCCCACACCCGGCCAUGAGCCCAGACGACGGCCACGAAGGCUACUUUCACGAUCCAAACUACGAUGCGCCACAACAUCCAUACUACCAAGACGAGGCAGAUGAUCGACCAAUGCUGCAGCCCGGAGCAUACGGACCAGAUCCGCAUAACAUAGCACCUCAAGGCGUGCAUCCUGAUCUCGAAGCUGGAUACGACGACCCGCCACCACCUCCUGUGAGUGCGCCGAUCAGGCGGUGGAAGACGGUGAAGGAAGUGCAGCUGUUCAAUGGAAAUUUGGUGCUGGAUUGCCCGAUCCCCCCGAGACUGCUCAAUCAGGUUCAGCAUGCGCAGCCGCCGGAGAGAGACGAAUUCACACACAUGCGGUACUCUGCGGCAACAUGUGAUCCUAGCGAGUUUUCCCGAAAGCGCUUCACUCUGCGACAGAGGCUAUUCGCAAAGCCUCGUCAGACGGAGCUAUUCAUUGUAAUCACCAUGUACAACGAGGAGGACGAACUGCUUGCACGGACAUUGAUCGGCGUGAUCAAGAAUGUCGAAUACAUGAACUCAAGAACAUCUUCAAAGACGUGGGGCAAAGAGGCUUGGAAGAAGAUUGUGGUUUGCAUUGUCUCCGAUGGGCGUGCCAAGAUCAACCCGAGGACACGAUCUGUGCUCGCUGCCAUGGGUAUCUACCAGGACGGCAUUGCGAAGCAGCAAGUGAAUGGAGAAGAUGUCACGGCUCACAUCUACGAAUACACCACGCAGAUGACCUUGGAAAUCAAGAAGGGCAUUGUGCAGGUCAAGAAGGGAAAUACUCCAGUUCAGAUCUUGUUCUGUCUCAAGGAGAAGAACCAGAAGAAGAUCAACUCUCACAGAUGGUUCUUCCAGGCGUUCGGUGAAGUUCUACAGCCGAACAUCUGCGUGCUCAUCGACGCCGGAACUCGCCCUGGACGGAGCAGUGUUUAUGAUCUGUGGAAGGCUUUUGACAGAGAGCCCAUGUGCGGUGGCGCGUGUGGUGAAAUCAAGGCCAUGUUGGAGCACGGCAAGAACCUCAUCAACCCGUUGGUCGCGGCGCAAAAUUUCGAAUACAAGAUGAGCAACAUUCUUGAUAAGCCUCUAGAGAGCGCUUUCGGUUUCAUCACCGUGCUGCCUGGAGCCUUCUCAGCAUAUCGCUUUGUGGCAUUGCAGAACGACAAGACCGGCCAGGGACCUCUGGAGAAGUACUUCGCCGGUGAGAAGAUGCAUGGUGCCAAUGCAGGAAUCUUCACCGCAAACAUGUACCUCGCCGAAGACAGAAUUCUAUGCUGGGAGCUCGUCAGCAAGCGCAACUGUUCGUGGAUCCUGCAGUAUGUCAAGUCUGCAACAGGCGAGACGGAUGUCCCGACCGAAAUGUCAGAUUUCAUCCUGCAGAGACGAAGAUGGCUGAACGGCUCCUUCUUCGCUGCUGUUUAUUCACUCGCACACUUCUAUCAGAUUUGGAGAAGUCACCACUCAUUCCUCCGCAAGACAUUCUUCUUCGUCGAAUUCUUCUACCAAGCAGUCAACAUGGUCUUCGCUUGGUUCGCUAUUGGCAACUUCUUCCUCGUUUUCCGAAUCCUCACAACAGCUCUGGCCGCCAAAGAUCUCUUGGGAACUGCAGGUCUGAUCCUCUCCGUGGUGUGCGAAUGGUCAUACCUCGCCAUUCUCGUCACAUGCUUCGUUCUUGCUCUCGGCAAUCGUCCACAAGGCAACAAUCGCUACUACUUGGCGCAAGUGUAUUUCUGGGCAAUCAUCAUGGCUUACCUCCUGUUCGCCUCGGUCUUCAUCACAGUCAAGAGUGUGCAGAAGCAGAUCAGCGAAAACAACGGCACAUUCAGUGUUUCGCUACUCUUCAACAACCGGCUCUUCUUCACCCUCAUCAUCUCCAUGGCGAGUACGUGGGCAUUGUACCUCGUUGCGAGCAUCUUAUUCUUGGAUCCCUGGCACAUGUUUACCUCAUUUGUGCAGUACCUCCUUCUAACACCAACAUACCUCAACAUCCUUAACGUUUAUGCCUUCUGCAACACCCACGACAUUACAUGGGGAACCAAAGGAGACGACAAGCCUGAAAAGCUUCCGGCCGCAAACCUCAAGCCUGGCGGGAAAGUUGACGUUGCCAUUCCCACCGAUGACGCGGAUCUCAACACACAAUACGAGACUGAGCUUCGCGUCUUCAGCACCAAAUAUGCUGUACCUGCAAAGAGUGUCAGUCCCGAGCAAAAACAUGAGGACUACUACAAAGGUUUCCGAUCCGCGGUCGUCUUGGCUUGGAUGUUCUGCAAUCUUGCUCUGGCAGCCAUCGUGCUCAAUGCAGGUGGGACAUCAAACCUGGAUGGUAAGGCGGCUGAUAGCAACGAACAAGCUGAGGAGGAUCUCAAAAGAAGUACCAUAUACAUGGCUGUUGUGCUGUACAGUGUUGCUGGGUUGGCGGCGGUCAGGUUCAUCGGUUGUGUGUACUUUCUGAUCACUCGCAUGUUCCGAGGAGUCUAG